CCGAAGUUGGCUGAGACCUACUGCGUGUGCCACCUGGCAACCGGGGACAUGCUGCGGGCCAUGGUGGCCUCAGGAUCCGAGCUUGGCAAGCGGCUCAAAGAGACGAUGGACGCGGGGAAGCUGGUGAGCGAUGAGAUGGUGGUGGAGCUGAUUGAGAACAACCUCGACUCCCCGCCCUGCAAGAACGGCUUCCUCCUGGAUGGCUUCCCGCGCACGGUGAAGCAGGCCGAAAUGCUGGAUGAGCUCCUGGAGAAGAGGAGAGAGAAGCUGGACUCUGUCAUCGAGUUCAGCAUCCCCGACUCCUUGCUCAUCCGGAGAAUCACUGGACGGCUGAUUCACCCAGCGAGCGGCCGCUCUUACCACGAGGAGUUCAGACCCCCGAAAGAGCACAUGAAGGACGAUGUCACUGGAGAGCCCCUGAUCCGCCGCUCGGACGAUAACGAAACAGCCUUGAAAACCCGCCUGAAGGCCUAUCACACGCAGACCGCUCCCUUGGUCUCCUACUACAGCAAGCGAGGGAUCCAUACGGCAGUGGAUGCCUCCCAGUCUCCCGACGUGGUGUUUGCCAGCAUCCUGGCAGCCUUCUCGAGAGCAACAUCUGAGUGACUCCGUGAACCGGAUGAGACACCACCAAACGCUGCACACUCUGCUACAUCACCCAUUGCAUCCCUCCCCUGGGGGCAGGGGAGGCAGGGGGGGCAGCUGGGAGGGGGUUACGACUGAUGGGAGGGGAAUGAGGCGGUGGUAGACAAGGGGCUCAGGGGCUGAUUGGGUUGGGUUUUGUUUGGAUUUCUUAGCAGAAUCAUUGUGAAGAGGAGAUGGUCUCCUUAGAAACUGCAGUUUGGGGAGGUAAAACAAUUGUACAGAGCAAAGCAUCUCUACCAGUGAUCAGAUGCAGGUCCUUGACCUGGUGGGAGGGUAGGGCCAGGGGCCGUUUUGGGCUCCUCCAGGACUUUCAGG